UUAAGUAACAUUGUAUAUAAAUUCACAUUGACUUAGUAAAUUCAUAUGGUAUUAUUUUAGUUUUGUAUUACCAUGGAAUCUGGUAUUGUUAACACAUGCAAUAGAUAUAUCUCAUUAAUCUGACUAACCUUCAUUAUAUACUUCUCUGUCGCAAGUAAAUAUUUUUGAUAUUUAUUUAGUUUUAGUUUUACACUGUCUACGAUCAUAACUCACUUGUAGUGGGCAGGGCUUGAAGGAUGAGGGAAAUUACAGGAUAAAGCACCGGGAAAUACUGGUCAUAUGAUACUAUAAUGAUGUCUACGUGCUUUGUACGCGAUGAAGUUCAUUAUUUACCGUAAAUGCUCCUCGAACAACCUGCCGAGUCAGUGCAUGUGGUGUAUCACUCACUUUAUUUAACAACCGACCCACUCAAUCUGAGCAUAACUCUAAUGUCCACAAAAACAUAAAAUUACACCAUUAUGCGUCAACAAAGUUGCUUUUAUUGGUACCAGAUAUCAAAAUAAGUACUUUCUCUUUAAUAUGGCAGAGGGUUAGCCCCUGUCUAGGAAGUUAGGUAAGAUUAGGUAGGUUUCUUUGGUUGGUUAGGUCAGGUUCUAUUACCGGCAGGUUUAUUAUUAUUCACUUGUGACACAAGUGUAUUGAUUGGAUGUGUUGAAAGUCCCAGAUUCCAUGGUAAUAUGAAACUAAAAUUUUACCAUUCAUAUAUAGUGCAAGUGUACAGCAUACAUUGCAGUUCAUGUAUACAAACAGUGUACAGUACAUAGAAAGUACAGGGUAUACAUUGUCACUGGGGGUUACAGCCUCAGUUUAACAGGUACGGCAGCUGUAAGUAUUGACAGACUGUGUUGUUAAUGGUUAGGUUAAGUUAGGUUAUGGGUAAUGUAAAAUGAAACAGUUACCACCAGAAGGCAUUCAAUUUAGUUAAUUUUUUCUUCAGAUGUACUUAUCAUUAUAGUAAGUAUUUUAAGAGGCAACAUUAACUAGAGCCUAAUAGAACCUGACCUAACCAGCCAGAGAAGUUGUUACUGUGGUUAUUGUUGACGAGAUAUCCGUCGCAGCCUAAUUUGUUUUAAUGGAUCUUUUCUUACUAUAUUUUCAUAGCUGAGUUUGGAUAUUGGUAAAUAUGCAUUUUCAACCAAUAUGGCUCGCGAGUUCAAUAAUGUAUUUUUCCGAUAGUUUUUGAUGUGUUUUAUUCUAUUUUGAUAUUGCCUUUUGUUGGAAAUCACUCAUUAUUGAGAUAGCCCUCCUACUACCAAAAAGUGAUUUCCAAUAAAAAUAAGUAUCAAAAUCGAAUAAAGCACAUCAAAAACUAUCGCAACACACAAUGCUUAAUUAAAAAAGUAACCUAACCUAACCCAACCUAACCUUACCUAGAAUGAAUACUGUACCUUGGUAUUGUUGCACCUUCAGCCAAUAUGGAGCUGGGGAUUUUUUACUUAAAAAAUAAAUAGAUCUCAUCCUGAUUGAUCUUCUGAACCCUACUUUUACUGGUCGCAGUCGCAUAUUGUUCAUUUCCAAACACUGGACCCAGAUAAACAUAUUCUCUGGCAGCUAUGGGUAUAACCAGGUGCCUUGGGUGUUUAGCCCUUCACCAUACCUCAGCCAUUGGGCCACACAGUCGGAUUACAGUUUCUGUGAUGAGACAUCAUGCAAAUGUUGCACAGUCUUUUAAAUUAAGUUUAGGUAGACGAUGGCUGUCAAGUACGUCAUGGAUCUCUCCAGAAGGACAUGACACUGGUAUUAAGUUGUACAACACUGCCAGUAGGUCAAAAGUGGCAUUAAAAACUGUUCAUCCAGGUCUUCUUACCUGGUACACCUGUGGCCCUACGGUAUAUGACUCUGCACAUAUUGGUCAUGCUUUAUGCUACGUGAAAUUUGAUAUUAUACGAAGAAUCAUGACGAGAAUGUUUGACCUCAAUGUCGUGAUGGUUCUUGGGAUCACGGAUAUUGAUGAUAAGAUAAUCAAUAAGGCCCAUGAGCUCAAUCUCACCUCUAAAGAAGUUGCCGAGUUAUAUGAGGAAGAGUUCUUUGAGGACAUGGAUCGUUUGCGAGUACUUCGCCCUACCUCUGCUCCGAGAGUAACUGAACACGUGCCCCACAUCAUCUCCUUUACCAAGGGGAUAAUUAAUAGAAAAUUGGCUUAUGCAGUUUAUGAUGGUUCAGUGUAUUUUGAUACUAAAGCUUACGGCAGGUAUGGGAAAAUGUAUCCACUGGAUGAGUCGGUAGAGAGGCAGGUAACUAACAUAAAAAAGUCGCCCCGAGACUUUGCUCUGUGGAAGGGAGCUAAGCCUGGGGAACCCUAUUGGUCCUCACCCUGGGGUCCUGGUAGACCUGGAUGGCACAUUGAGUGCUCGGCCAUGGCUAGUCAUAUCCUGGGAACACAGCUGGAUUUACACUCAGGAGGAGUUGACCUAGUCUUCCCACACCAUGAGAAUGAGGAGGCUCAGUGCUGUGCUUACCAUGACGUUGAUCAGUGGUGUAAUUAUUGGAUUCAUGUUGGUUUCCUUCGCACCAAAGGCACCGAGAAGAUGUCCAAGUCUUUAUUUAAUACAAUAAGCAUUGAAGAGCUGCUAAAGGAGCAUUCUGUCAACACCUUCCGUCUGUUCUGCCUCCUCUCACAUUACCGAAACAAGGUGGAAUAUACUCAGACGUCCAUGGCUCAGGCAAAGGCACACCUGCGACGGAUACGUUCCUUCCUCCAUGAUGCCUACGCCUACAUAAAUGGCCAGCUGAAGUGUGCUCCCCUUGAUGAGGCAGCUCUCAAACAGAAACUGGUUGAAACUAGGGUUAAGGUGAAGAAAUCCUUAGCUGAUGAUUUUGAUACUGUGAGAGCACUGGAUGCUGUGAUGGAUCUAAUAAACCUUGGCAAUAAGGAACUUCAAAAACAGUCAAAGAGUACCAGCCUGUCCAGAAGUGGAGGGACAAUGGCUGCAAUUUGUAGUUAUAUCAACUACUUGAUGGAGGAUGUGUUUGGUAUACAUUUCCCUAGUGUGAGUGAUGCUUUAAAUUUAUCUUUAGAGUCUGGCGGCCGUUUGCACAACAUUAUGAACUCAGUGAUUGACUUAAGGCAAAAAAUUAGGAGUUAUGCACUGUUACUAGAUGAGACAUCAUUGAAGCAAGUUCUAACACCUGAAGAAAAGAAAGCUAAGAGGAAGGAACGUUUACCUCUACUGAAUGCUUGUGAUGAGCUACGAGAAGAUCUGUUGAAAACUGGCCUGCAGAUUAAGGAUCGUCAUGGUGGCACUUCAUGGUCUGUUGCAGAGGAAUCGGUGGGAAGUGAUAAACAAACGGAAGACAAGGAGGUAUAACUUCCCCCACCACAAGGAUUUCUGUCCAAUCACAUUCCUGAUUUGCUUAGGGAAUGGAGAUGCUCCAAACAAGAAAUUCUUCAGUCUGUAUGGCUCACUGAGAAAUAAUUGACAUACUUUCGUGUCCCAAGACGGUCUCCAACUGCUGAUAUUCAACGUUACCCAGGUUAUUGCGUCAACAGACCAACAAAUACAUGGUAUGCGCCUCCAUCAAACUCCUUUUCAUCACCUAAGUUAAGUUUCAUUUUCUUGUCCCUUUCAGGUUAAAAAUUUCGAAUAAAUUUUCAGGUGGCUUGUUUGAAAAUAUGUAGUCAAAUAAAGAAGUUGCUACACUCACCCCACUAAAGUUUUACUCUUGUUCAGCAUUCUAUCACAUCCGAGAUAAAAUAUAAAGUACAGUACAGUAAAUGUUGAGUUUAUCUUAAAUGUUAAGGAUAUAUUUGUUCUAUAUUUUAAUGGAAUGAUUAAUCAUGUGCGGUGCAAAGUGUUAUUGUACAUACAGUGUAUAAUGUAAAUAGUUCAGAAGCUGUUGUUGCAAAGAUAGUGUUAAUAUGUAUAAAUUAAAGAAUUUCUCUCAACAAUGCUUUUAUUGUUCAAAAAUUUUCACAGACAAUGAAAGACAAGUAUAAAAAAAUAUUUACAUAGUAAUAAUCUAAGCGGGCAUGAAAAUUGUCUCCAGUUUAAAUGGUCAUUUUUUUUUUCAAAUUCCACACAAUGUAAGAGCCACAACUCUGAAACAACAAGCAGCUCACAAUGCUUUGGUGAAAAAAAUUUUCUACAUCAAAAUAACUAUGAAAGGGAUGUUUCUAGAACUCAAAAAUGACCUGAGGACAUAAGCAAUAUCAUCCUAAAUUACAAGAUAGGUCUUUGCUUCAAUUAAUUACAUGCAAUAGUAAAACUUGCAAGAACUUUAUACAUUAAAUUAAAAGGAAACAUAAAAGUUCCUUUUUAUCUUUGAUUUAAUGGUGACCUCUUCUUAGCCAUCAACAAUUUACAAUGUCAUUAUUUCCAUAAGUAUCUGGUACACUUUAUUGCUUUGAAGACAAUUCACCAAGUAAAAAAAAUAUAUAUACAAGUAUAAAUUAAUGAAAAUAUUGCCACUAUUACAAAAUGGCAAUAGCUUUACCGUGGAAUACAAAAUUAAUGAUCCUUUUCACAAUGGUCCCUCUACAUACUCUGCAGUGCCAUUUUCUACAUAUGGCCACUUUGUCUCUGAAACUUUUCAAACAUUUUAGUUCAACAUAGUCGAAUAAGUCAAUACAAGUUACACUCUUGAAUUAUGCAAGAUUAUGAGCUGCAGUAUGGACCCAAAAAAAAAAUCAAUACGUAAUCUUAUUAACACUUGGAAGCAUAAUGGACACACCUGGACCCAUGCUUUCUCAGCACUUGAGAUCUGUAGAUUUUUACAUAUACUGAUUUGUGUCGGAGAAUUGUCAAGGUAACAUUACCUUGCCUAAAUUAGUCUGUUAUACAAUUGUAACUCAAAUGCUGUUCAAGAACUCAGGGCCUGGACAUGCCAGGUUCACGGAAUAAGAUCAUCUGACUAGAUUAUUAAGGAUGAAAUUUCGGUGACAGGGCAAAGAAUUAUGCACUCAAACUGGCUGGCAGUAUAUAAGGACUGUUUUACCAUUACAAUGUAAUGAACACUUAUAUUACAUGCCCAGACAAAGUAAAGAAGACCUUUUGUUCCUGUCACAUGAACAGGGCAGUAAUUAAUAUAUAUAUAUAUAUAUAUAUAUAUAUAUAUAUAUAUAUAUAUAUAUAUAUAUAUAUAUAUAUAUAUAUAUAUAUAUAUAUAUAUAUAUAUAUAUAUAUAUA